AUGGGCUUGCGAGCAUCAUAUAAACAAGCUACUUUCAAAGCCUUAGGAGGGAAUCUAGUUCGCGAAGAGGUGCCUCUGGGAUUACCUGGUGAUGGUGAGCUACUCGUCAAGGUCGAAGCAUAUGGAUCCUGCCACACAGACUCGAACGCCCUAUAUACCACUUUCGAUGGUGGCUUUCCUAUUGUCCCGGGUUGUGAGAUUAUCGGGACGAUGGCUGUCGUCGGCGACGAUGUGAAGAGUUGGAAGAUUGGUGACUGCAUUAGAGGUGGUUAUCACGGCGGCCAUUGCAAGACGUGUGAUAUGUGCUCUCCGAACUGGCCUUAG